AUGUCUCAAUCAUGGAAGUCGACCCUGCGGCUCCCGCGCUCUCCUUUCCCUGCGCGACCGAACCCGAAGCUGCAACGACAGCAUCUGCUGAGCUGCACCGACGAAUUCUACAGCUGGCAGUCGUCGCGACCGACCGAAGACGAGCCUUUUAUCCUUCACGAUGGGCCCCCGUACGCCAACGGCCCGCUUCACACCGGGCACGCGGUCAAUAAGAUCCUCAAAGAUAUGAUUCUGCGCGUGCAGGUGCAGAACGGCCGGCGCGUCGCCUACCGCCCCGGCUGGGACUGCCACGGCCUGCCGAUUGAGAUGAAGGCCCUCGGGGAAGCGGGUGCCAAGGGCCUCAACCCCGUGCAGGUGCGCAGGCAGGCGCGCAAGCUCGCGACCAAGACGGUCGCAGAGCAGAUGAAAGGCUUCCGAUCGUUCGCCGUCAUGUCCGAGUGGGACGACAAGUGGACGACGAUGGACCGCGCCUUUGAGAUUCGCCAGCUGCGCGUCUUCCAGAAGAUGGUGCGCCACGGGCUGGUCUACAGGAAGCACAAGCCGGUGUACUGGUCGCCGUCGUCGGGCACUGCCCUCGCCGAGGCCGAGCUGGAAUACAAGGACGACCACUUGUCGCGGUCUGCCUACGUUAGGUUUCCCAUAACAUCCGACUAUAGUGAUAUCCAGGAGCUCCAAAAUUUCAACGACCCUCUCUUUGCGGCCAUCUGGACGACGACGCCCUGGACGCUCCCGGCAAACAGGGCAAUCGGCAUUCACAACGACCUUUCAUAUUGCGUUUUACGAGUUGAUGGAUACGGACUUUUGGUUGCCUCAAGUCGUGUUGAAGCCCUACGUGAAUUUAUCCCAGGAGCGCAAGUCGUGACUGAUGCCAUUCCCGGCUCAAAGCUCGCUGGCUUGCAGUAUCGCAACAAGCUCCGAGGCAAAUCGGCACCUGGGCAACCCGUCAUCCAUGCCGCCUUCGUGUCUGCCGACUCUGGUACCGGUCUGGUGCACCUGGCGCCUGGCCACGGACAAGACGAUUACGAAGUCUGCCUUACGCACGGGAUCGAGGCGUUUGCGCCCAUCGACAACGACGGUCGCUUCACAGCAGAGGCAUACCCCGACGACCCGGAAUUCCUCACCUCGGCUCCAUCGAUAUUGGAUGGCGGGAGCUCUUCCGUUCUAAACCUCGUAGCCGAGGACGUCAUUGCGAUUCAUGAAAUACUACACAAGUAUCCCUAUGAUUGGCGCUCCAAGAAGCCCGUCGUUAUCCGCGCCACGGCGCAAUGGUUCGCUGAUGUGGGCAGCAUCAAGGAUGACGCGCUGAGUGCCCUCAAGAAGGUCAAGUUUGUGCCUGAGAGCGGCAGAGUACGGCUUGAGAGCUUUGUCAAGGGAAGAUCCGAGUGGUGCAUCUCGCGACAACGCUCAUGGGGUGUGCCAAUCCCAGCUCUGUACAAUAGCAAGGGUGAAGCUGUAAUGACUGCUGAAACCAUUGAUCACAUCAUCAAUGUCAUGCAGGAGAGAACAUCUGACGCGUGGUUCUCGGACAGCCCAGAUGACCCAGCGUGGAUCCCGCCAACACUACAAGGCGAUUACCGCCGCGGGACAGAUACCAUGGACGUCUGGUUUGACAGCGGCACCAGUUGGACAGAGAUUGAAAAGCAAGUGGACGUCUAUCUCGAAGGCUCAGACCAGCACCGUGGCUGGUUCCAGUCCAGCCUGCUCAGCUACAUCGCAGCUCAAAAGGCCGACGGCAAGCCGCCCGGCAGCAUCGUCGCGCCUUUCCGGACCUUGAUCACGCAUGGCUUCACGCUGGACGCGCAGGGCAAGAAGAUGUCCAAGUCGCUGGGCAACACCAUCUCCCCGGAGGAGGUCAUGGACGGCAAGCUCCUGCCACCAGCGAAGCGCAAGGGCAAGGACACCGGCCAGCCCGACGCCCUCGGCCCGGACGCCCUGCGCCUGUGGGCCGGCAGCUGCGACUUCACGACGGACAUCCUCAUCGGCCCCGCCGUCCUGCAGCCCAUCCACAACGCGCUCGUGCGGUACCGCACGAUCCUCAAGAUGCUCCUUGGCUCGCUGCACGAGUCCGGCCGACACGCGCCCCUGACGCGGCUGGACCACCUCGCGCUGCUGCAGCUGUCGACGACCAUGGCGCAGGUGUGGGCGGCGUACGGCCGGCACGAGUUCCACAAGGGCGUCGGCGUCCUCAACCGCUGGGUGUCGACGGACCUGUCCGCGUUCUACCUCGAGGCGCUCAAGGACCGGCUGUACUGCGGCGACGGCGGCGGCGCCGUCGAGCCUGUGCUGGUCGGCAUGCUGCGCAUGCUGGCCCCCGUGACGCCCAUGCUGGUUGAGGAGGCCUGGGCGCACCGGCCCGCCUGGAUGGCCGCGGACACGCACCCCGCGCGGCAGCCCUACACCGCGCCGGUCGCGGUGGGCAGCUCGCUGCAGUGCGCCGUCGUCGUCGCCACCGAUGACGCGGACCUGCUGGCGUGCUUGGAGGCGUACCGCGACGAGCUGGACGCCAUCUUCGUGGUGUCGUCGGUGGCCGUCAACGGCCCGCUGCCUGCGCAGCCGGCGUGGCGCUACUCCGCGGCCAUCAGCGGCGGAGACAACAAGUUCCGGGGCGAGGUGCACGUCUUGCCGCCGGAGAAGGCCAAGUGCGCGCGGUGCUGGCGGUACCAGGCCGAGGAGGAGGACGGGCUCUGCGGGCGGUGCGACGCGGAGGUCAACCAGGCAUGA